AGCCGAGGAUACAAAAGGAUCGACCAGCACAGGUUCUACAUGUCGACGAUGGAUUCUUCAAGCAACACGGUGCUCCUCAUCCUCCUUCUUGGGAUCACGCAAGCCAGUGCGCUCAUCGGUUACGAUUGUGGAGGACGAACCCUCAACGUAACGACAGUCUCCGCCAUAGAUGCCAUCGACUGUGAACCAACGAGCGUAGAGCCUGCAACAAAAACGAGAAACAUCCAGCUGCUUCAACUCGGUGACUACAACAAUGCACCAGUUAUCCAGUGCAAAGUGGAGAUCGAUCGAACGAUACACUAUUGCGGGAUGCAUUCUCACACUUCGGUCGUCCAGGGCGGACGACAACAAUAUAUGUUCCCGACAUCAAGAGAAGCCUGCCGUACGCUGCAUGCGACUGGAACGAUUGCAAUUUCACCGCCUGUACAGAUCUCUGGAAUCGGAAGGAACGUGUCAAUGCCGUUCAGCCUCACCUUGGCCGGAACCAUCACGAUGGACGGGACGUGCAAGGGUACAUCGUACGCAGACCCGUUCGGAUCGUGGGACAACGUCAUUGUGCAAGGCCUCAUCAAAGUUACAGUGCAAAGCUACCCUGCAACGGUAAAAUUAUCGACAGGACAAAUCAUAUUAAAAUCCGGGUAUCAAUGUAAUCUCCAGGAAGAAGUACGCCACGACCCUGAAGCAGGACACACUUACUGGAACUCUAUCCCUAAGGAUUAUUGCGAGUUCAACAAAUACACUGUGCUGUACGAAGGUAAAGCGACGAAAAUUAUUCCGCAUGACUCCGAUGGACUCCUUCUAUAGGCUAUGUGAACUUGGCACCCGACUUUUAAAAAAUUAACUUUUUUUUUCAUAAACUGGUAGUAUAUCGUUUGUAGUUGAUGGAGUAAAAAUAUUUUCGU